UAAAUAAGACAAAGAGCCGCAAUCCGUUGAAAUCUGUGCCUUGUGCUACAAGAAGAAUGGAUAAGUAUACGAUAAUCAAGGAAGUUGGUGAUGGGACAUUUGGAAGUGUUUGGCGAGCUAUAAAUAAGCAGACUGGUGAAGUUGUUGCUAUAAAAAAGAUGAAGAGGAAAUAUUAUUCCCGGGAAGAAUGUUUAAAUCUGAGAGAAGUCAAGUCAUUGAGAAAGAUGAACCACCCAAACAUUAUGAAGCUCAAGGAAGUUUUUAGGGAAAAUGAUAUUUUGUACUUUGUGUUUGAAUACAUGGAAUGCAACCUUUACCAACUAAUGAAAGAUCGGUGGAAGCUUUUUUUGGAAACUGAAGUUCGAAAUGGGUGCUUUCAAGUGUUCCAAGGUCCUGCUUACAUGCACAGGGGUGGAUAUUUUCAUCGCGACCUCAAGCCAGAGAACUUGUUGGUUACAAAAGAUGUAAUAAAAAUUUCUGAUUUUGGUCUUGCUCGGAAGAUCAAUUCUCAACCACCAUACACGGAAUAUGUCUCUACACGCUGGUAUCGAGCUCCAGAGGUUCUGCUUCAAUCAUCCACAUAUGGUUCUGCAGUUGAUAUGUGGGCAAUGGGUGCUAUCAUCGCUGAAUUGUUUACUCUCCGUCCUCUCUUUCCAGGAUCGAGUGAAGCAGAUGAAAUUUACAAAAUAUGCAGUGUUAUGGGCAGUCCAACUUGGAAUUCAUGGGCCGAGGGACUUAAACUUGCUAAUGCUAUCAACUACCAAUUCCCACAGUUUUCUAGUAUUCAUCUCUCUGUAUUGAUACCAUCUGCAAGUGAGGAUGCAAUCAGCCUUAUUACUUCACUUUGUUCAUGGGAUCCCUGCAAGAGGCCAACAGCCUUGGAGGCUCUUCAGCAUCCUUUCUUCCAGAGUUGCUUUUAUGUCCCACCAUCCCUUCGUCCUCGAACUGCUGUGACUAGGACACCCCCAUCUGGUGAAACAAAGGGAGCUUUGGAGCAGAAAUCUGCUAGAGGUGUUCAACGCAAGCUGGAAAUGAAUAAUCAGGAUGUUUAUAAGAAUGAUAAAUCCUUGAAGAGCUCUCCUAAGCAGCCAAGAUAUCAACCAUACCAUGCAAAUGACAACAAGCUGCCACUUUGA